AUGGACAAGCGAGUGGGCGUCCUCGGCGGCGGCCAGCUCGGCCGCAUGCUGGUAGAAGCAGCCAACCUGCUCGAAAUCCGCGUCAACUUCCUCGACGCCGCCAACUCCUCCGCCAAACAGGUCAGCAACCACGCCGGCCACAUCGAGGGCUCCUUCAAAGACGCCGCCGCAAUCCGCCAGCUCGCGGCCAACUCGGAUGUCGUCACGGUGGAGAUUGAGCAUGUUGACACGUACAUGCUCGAGGAGAUUUCGGCCACCACGCCCGUGCAGCCGGAUUACAAGACGAUUCGCAUGAUCCAGGACAAGUUUGCGCAGAAGGAGCAUUUGAUUAAGCACCAUGUUCCGGUGGCCAAGUCGAUUGCGUUGGAGAAGCCGACGGUGGGGGAGUUGGAGAAGGUGAGCGCUACGCUCGGCUUGCCGCUGAUGUUGAAGUCGAGGAGGGAGGCGUAUGAUGGCCGCGGCAACUUUCCCGUCAAAUCCAAGGCGGACUUCCAGCCGGCUAUUGAUGCUUUGGGGAAGAAUGGAGAGUUGUACGGGGAGCAGUGGGCGCAGUUCAAGAUGGAGCUGGCGGUCAUGGUCGUCAAGACGAAAUACCAGACCUACUCCUUCCCGACCGUCGAGACGAUCCACGAAAACAGCAUCUGCAAGCUCGUCUACGCUCCCGCACGCGGCGUCUCCGCGGAGAUCAACCAAAAAGCGCAAGACCUCGCGAAAAAGGCCGUUUCGUGCUUCUGGGGCCGCGGCGUGUUCGGCGUGGAAAUGUUCCUUCUGCAAGACGGCGAGCUCCUCAUCAACGAGAUCGCCCCCCGCCCACACAACUCCGGCCACUACACCAUCGAAGCCUGUCCCGUCUCACAAUACGAGGCACAUCUCCGCGCCAUCCUCGACCUUCCCCUUCAUGAAGAGGACCUGCAGCUCCGCGAGCCGGCCAUCAUGCUCAACAUCCUCGGCGGCGACAAGCCCGACUCACACCUGCAAUUCGCGCGCGAAGCGCUGAAACAGCGGCGCACGAAAAUCCACCUGUACGGCAAAGGGGAGGCGCGCAAGGGCCGCAAAAUGGGGCACAUCACCGUGACGGCGCCGACGAUGCGCGAAGCAGAGGCCAUCAUCGCGCCUAUGAUCGCCUACUCGACGCCAGGCAAGUACCGUCUGGCCGCUGACCCCUCCCCCGGCCCCUCCGCCGACCCGGCCCCCGUGGCAGUCAUCAUGGGCUCCGACUCCGACCUCCCCGUCCUCCUCCCCGGCCUCGCCCUCCUCCGCACCCUCCAAAUCGCGUACACGACGCGCAUCGUCUCCGCCCACCGCACGCCAAACGACAUGGCGACUUUCGCGAGCAGCGCCGCAGCCAACGGACACAAGGUCAUCAUCGCUGCUGCAGGCGGCGCCGCGCAUUUACCCGGCAUGACGGCCGCGCACACGCCUUUGCCUGUCAUCGGCGUGCCGGUGAAGCCUUCGAUUGGCGAUGGGAUGGAUAGUCUGCUUAGUAUUGUCAAUAUGCCUCGCGGCGUGCCGGUGGCGGCUGUGAGUGUGAACAACAGCGUUAAUGCUGCGUUGCUCGCGGCGAGGAUUUUGGGGGCGGGCGACGAGGGGGUGCGGAAGAGGGUGGAGGGGUAUAUGGCGCAGGCGGAGAAGGAGGUGCGGGAGAAGGAUGAGAGGCUGAGGGGGGUGGGGGCGGAGGAGUAUGUCGAGAGGUUUUUGGGGAAGAAGUGA